AUGUGGAGGGUGAAGGCAAAAGUAGUCCCAGUGGUAAUUGCAGCACUCGCAAAGCCAGGAGUGUGUCCUGUCAGGUACUACAUACAUGCAGAUUGUACCGAAUCUUGCUCUAAAGACAGUGACUGCCACGAUAAUGAGAAGUGCUGCUCCAACGGAUGUGGACAUGAGUGCAUGGCUCCAGUCAUAGUGAAGCCAGGAUUUUGUCCUCACAGGCUUCCCGCAGCCCUUGGACCAUGUGUUGAGUCUUGCUCGACAGACAGUGACUGCCACGAUAGUGAGAAGUGCUGCUCCAACGGAUGUGGACAUGAGUGCAUGGUCCCAGAUAUAGUGAAGCCGGGAGUGUGUCCUCUCAGACUGUUGGAUGACAGAAGGUGUGCUGAAUCUUGCUCUAAUGACAUUGACUGCCCCGAUAAUGAGAAGUGCUGCUUCAGUGAAUGUGGUCGUCAUUGCAUAGAGCCUUACAUGGCAAAGCCAGGAGUGUGUCCUCGCAAAUGCUGGGACUUUGGGCUGUGUGUUGAAUCUUGCUCCAAUGACUAUGACUGUCGCGGUAAAGAGAAGUGCUGCCCCAAAGGAUGUGGACGUGAGUGCAUGGCUCCUGUCGGAGUGCCUCCUCCCAAACCAGAAUGUCCACCGCAUCUUAAUCUUGCUCUGUCACGUAAGGGGUGUAAUGACUGUCCUAGAGACCACACAUGCUGCGUCUAUAAUGGUUAUGAAGUCUGCGUCCCUCCUGUUCUCACAAAGCCAGGAGUGUGUCCUCGCAGGCACCUGACUGUUGGACUGUGUGGUAAACUUUGCUCCAAUGACAGUGACUGUCCCGGUAAACAGAAGUGCUGCUCUACCAAAUGUGGACGUAAUUGCAUGGCACCAUACAUAGUGCCUCCUCCCAAACCAGAAUGUCCACCGCAUCUUAAUCUUGCUCUGUCACGUAAGGGGUGUAAUGACUGUCCUAUAGACCACACAUGCUGCGUCUAUAAUGGUUAUGAAGUCUGCGUCCCUCCUGUUCUCACAAAGCCAGGAGUGUGUCCUCGCAGGCACCUGACUGUUGGACUGUGCGUUGAAUUUUGCUCCAAUGACAGCGACUGUCCCGGUAAACAGAAGUGCUGCUCUACCAGAUGUGGACGUAAAUGCAUGGCACCAUACAUAGUGAAACCAGGAGUGUGUCCUCACAGACGCUUCGAUAACAUAAUGUGUGGCGAAUUUUGCUCUAAUGAUAGUGACUGCCCCAAUAAUGAGAAGUGCUGCUUCAGUGGAUGUGGUCAUCAGUGCAUGGCACCUUACACGGCAAAGCCAGGAGUGUGUCCUCGCAAACGCUGGGACUUUGGACUUUGUGAAGAAUUCAUUGAAUCUUGCUCUCAUGACUAUGACUGUCCCGAUAACGAGAAGUGCUGCCCCAAUGGAUGUGGAAAUGAGUGCAUGGCUCCUGUCGGAGUGCCUCCUCCCAAACCAGAAUGUCCACCGCAUCUUAAUCUUGCUCUGUCACCAAAGCCAGGAGAAUGUCCUCGCACGCACCUGACUGUUGGACUGUGUGUUGAAUCUUGCUCUAAUGACAGUCACUGUCCCGAUAACGAGAAGUGCUGCCCCAAUGGAUGUGGACGUGAGUGCAUGGCUCCUGUUGGAGGUGAGAGAUAA